UCCCGCGCCCCAGUCUCAUUCUCCUGCCCCGCAUGCGAAGUCCUCCCUCGGAAUUCCAGCUUUUUCCUGACCACCUGCCCUUGGUAGACACAGGGAGCCGGCGGCAUGUCGAUGCUGGCCGAGCGGCUCCGGGCUCAGACUGCCCUGCGCCGGCCGUCGGAGCCACCCUGGCCAGGGCCUGCUCUUCCCCGGCUCAAAGAAGACAGGCAGGCGGGAGCCUUCAGACCCGGAACUGCAGCUGUAUUGGACCCAGAAAGGCAAAGGGAUCCAAAGCCUCGACCAGCUGGAAGCUAGUCCGGGGGCAGUGCAGGCUGGUGAACGCUAGAAGAGCCGGGUGGGCCAGGUCGGCGGAAGCAGAAAUGGGCUGUGGAUCCAAGAAACACUGCAUGGAGUAAUGAUGAUUCCAAGUUUGGCCAGAGGAUGCUAGAGAAGAUGGGGUGGUCUAAAGGAAAGGGUUUGGGGGCUCAGGAGCAAGGAGCCACAGAACAUAUUAAAGUUCAAGUUAAAAAUAACCACCUUGGACUUGGAGCUUCAAACAAUAAUGAAGACAACUGGAUUGCUCAUCAGGAUGACUUUAAUCAGCUUCUCGCAGCACUAAACACUUGCCAUGGUCAGGAAAAAACAGACUCCUCGGACAACAAGGAAAAGAAAUCUUUUAGCCUUGAGGAAAAAUCUAGAAUCUCCAAAAACCGGGUUCAUUAUAUGAAAUUCACAAAAGGGAAGGAUCUGUCAUCUCGGAGCAAAACAGACUUAGACUGCAUUUUUGGAAAAAGGGGGAGCAAGAAGGCAGCCCAGGAUGACUGUAGUCCCUCUGCUGUGAAUGAGCCUGAGACCUCCACGACCACAACCAGUGCCUUCACCAUCCAGGAAUACUUUGCCAAGCGGAUGGCUCAGCUAAAGAGCAAACCACAGGCCCCAGCAGCAGGGCCUGACCUUUCAGAGACCCUGGUGGAGUGGGAAAAGGGAAAGAAAAAAACCAAAGAGGCAGCAGGUAUAGAUAUGGAGAACUGCCCCCAAUCCAAGGCCAAGCAGCCUAAAAAGAAAAAGCAGGAGGAAGUGGAGAACCAGGGACCUGCAGCCAAGAAGAGAGACCGAGCUGAGCAGCAGCCCCAAGGCCCCAGUGAAAACCAGUGUUCUGAUGCUUCUGCUGAGACUGAGCGGGAUUACGCACCCGACAGUCAGGAUGGUGCCCUGAAGCCCAAGAAGAAGGAGGCAAAGAAAAAGCUGCAGAAGCCAGGAGAGGUAGCAGCAGACACCGCUCUAGACGGAGCACCUGUGAAGACGAAGAAGACGAAGAAGAAGAAAGCCUCCAGGUGAAUUCCUGCCAGCUGGGUCCAACCACUCAGCUGUCAGGGUGCCGCGGGGCAAAUGCUCUGACCUAAAGUCAGCAGAGGGAGCCCCACGCAGCUAGGGCUCAUCUUUUGCCGCGUCUCACCUGCUCGUCACAUUUUCCCCAAGUCCCCUUCCCCAGAGAACUGAUUUGAAUAGUCCAGAUCAUGCUUUUAUAAACAAAUUCUCUUUUAAACUCCAAACUGUUCACAUGAGCGUU